AUGUCCAUACAGUUCAACAAAGAACCCCUCACCAACAUCCUCUCCAACAAACCCAUAACUCCUCUCGCCGCAACAACACUCUUCAACUCCCUCCCUCCCCUCGAGGCCACCGAACUCCUCGGCCAAUGGGACGGCACCUGCGCCCUAACAAACCACCCUGGCAUAACCGCCCUCAAAGCCGCGCGCUGGGUAGGCAAAACCUUCCACACAACUGAGGACGUCGACCCCAUCAUCUCCCUGGAUGAUUCUGUGACCUACGGGCACCAUGCGCCUGGAGAGGGACGAGUUGUGAAUACCUUCAUGGGCAAAGCGCGCAUCCGCGAAAUCAAAUAUAACGGCGUUGUUUCCGCCGCAAUGGUGUAUAAUGACAAGCCGAUCAUUGAUUAUUUUCGGCGCGUUGAUCACUGCACGGUUAUGGGGGUUAUGGAUGCUGCGGGUGCGGUGGAGGAUCAUCCGCUUUAUUUUGUGCUGGAGAGGUUGGAUGAGGGUUCGAGUAAGGGUGGGAAGCUCUGA